AUGCUAAAAAUACCAUACCUUCUCGAUAGCCACGUGAGUUUUAAUGUUAUUUUUAAAAACCGUAUUCUCCACGAUAUCUCUCACAGUAUCCUCUGAUUCUGGUAUUAGACAAGACCAGAAGAAGCAGCAGUGUAAAGCACAAUAUAAAGCAAAGUAUAAACACUUUUUGCAGUACUCCCAACGAGUCCAUAAGCAACUAUGACACAAUAUAUUGUAUCGAUACCAAAAGUGAACUGAACUGACAGCUGGUAUAAACAGCACAAAGAAUACUGUCAUUGUUACAUAGAUUUUGACCAUGAAAGAAGAAAGGUCUUGGAAGUUACUGUUUUCGAUUGUAAUAUAGAGGUUGUUCUUGGUAAAUAUGGCACUCUAAAAAAUUUUUUAUUAUCCAAUAAAGCUAAAAAAGUUAGGUUCAAGAUUAGACAAAAGUUAAAACUGAGACUGAUUUAGAAAUAAAGCUCAGGCUCGCCUCAAGCUCAGGCUCAGGCUCAGGCUCAGGCUCAGGCUCAGGCUCAGGCUCAGGCUCAGGCUCAGGCUUAGGAUCAGGCUCAUGCUCAGGCUCAGGCUCAGGUUCUGGCUCAAGUUCUGGCUAAGGUUCAGGCUCAGGCUCAGGUUCUGGCUCAGGUUCUGGCUAAGGUUCAGGCUCAGGCUCAGGCUCAGGUUCUGGCUCAGGUUCUGGCUAAGGUUCAGGCUCAGGCUCAACCCAAUGAUUAA